AAGUAACUCCGGAGUACGAGGGGAGCCGGUGCCGCUGCGCUCGCCGCGCCGCAGACGGCUGCCCCAGCGGGCGGCACCGGGGCCAGCGGGCGCCCCUCGGCGCAAGGAGAGGCGGGGGGUCUCCUGGCGAGGCGCCGAGGCGGCAGGGCCGGGCGAGGAGAGCUCCGCCCGCCGCCGCCGCGGGCCGGGGCCAGCCCCGGCCUCUUUGGGAAACUUCUCGGCAAGUCGGCAUGGGCAGGGGGGCCGGCGCCGCCGCCUCGCUGCCGCUGCUGGCCCUGCUGGCCGGCUGCUCCUCCGCCCUGCUCGGGGCGGCUCGGGCCCAGCUCUCCGCAGGAGGAUGCACGUUCGACGAUGGUCCUGGGCCCUGUGACUACCACCAAGACCUGUACGAUGACUUCGACUGGGUACACGUUAGCGCGCAGGAGCCUCACUACUUGCCACCAGAGAUGCCUCAAGGCUCAUACAUGAUUGUGAUUUCCUCCGACCACGACCCCGGAGAAAAGACUCGGCUGCAGCUUCCCACCAUGAAAGAAAAUGACACUCACUGCAUUGACUUCAGCUACCUGCUGUACAGCAAGAGUGGAGCAAACCCAGGCACCUUGAACAUCCUGGUUAGGGUCAACAAAGGGCCACUGGCCAAUCCCAUCUGGAAUGUCACCGGCUCCACCGGCAAAGACUGGCUGAGAGCCGAGCUGGCUGUCAGCACCUUCUGGCCCAAUGAGUAUCAGGUAAUAUUCGAAGCUGAAGUCUCAGAUGGGAGAAAUGGCUACAUUGCCAUUGAUGACAUCCAGGUUCUGAGUUACCCUUGUGAUAAAUCUCCACAUUUCUUGAGGCUGGGGGAUGUAGAGGUCAACGCGGGGCAGAACGCUACGUUUCAGUGCAUUGCUACGGGGAGAGAUGCAGUGAAUAACAAGCUAUGGCUCCAGAGGAGAAAUGGGGAAGAUAUUCCAGUUGCUCAGACUAAAAACAUCAACCACAGAAGAUUUGCUGCUACCUUCAAACUGCAAGAGGUGACCAAGACAGACCAGGAUCUGUACCGCUGCGUCACGCAGUCAGAGAGAGGCUCUGGAGUGUCCAAUUUUGCUCAGCUUAUUGUUCGAGAGCCUCCUCGGCCCAUCGCUCCCCCGCAGCUGCUGGGCGUGGGCCCCACCUACCUGCUCAUCCAGCUCAACGCCAACUCCAUCAUCGGGGAUGGACCUAUCAUCCUGAAAGAAGUGGAGUACAGAAUGACCUCUGGCACCUGGACUGAAACCCACGCUGUCAAUGCCCCCACCUACAAGCUCUGGCACUUGGACCCCGACACCGAAUACGAGAUCCGAGUCCUGCUCACCAGACCGGGUGAAGGAGGGACUGGGCAGCCGGGGCCGCCGCUCAUCACCAGGACCAAGUGUGCUGAACCUAUGAGAACCCCUAAAACAUUGAAGAUUGCUGAGAUCCAGGCCAGACACAUCGCUGUGGACUGGGAGUCCCUGGGCUACAACAUCACUCGUUGCCACACUUUCAACGUCACUAUCUGCUACCACUACUUCUGCGGGCACAACGAGAGCAAGGCAGACUGCUUGGACAUGGACCCCAAAGCCCCUCAGCACGUUGUGGAUCACCUCCCUCCCUACACCAAUGUCAGCCUCAAGAUGAUCUUAACCAACCCAGAAGGGAGGAAGGAGAGCGAGGAGACCAUUAUCCAGACAGACGAAGAUGUGCCAGGUCCUAUCCCUGCCAAGUCAGUGAAGGGGACUCCUUUUGAAGACAAGAUCUUCCUCAACUGGAAGGAACCAGUGGAUCCCAAUGGCAUCAUCACUCAGUACGAGGUCAGCUACAGCAGCAUUCGCUCCUUUGACCCUGCAGUUCCAGUGGCAGGGCCUCCCCAGACAGUGUCCAAGCUGUGGAACAGCACACACCAUGUCUUCUCCCACCUCCAUCCUGGCACUACCUACCAGUUCUUCAUCCGUGCAAGCACUGUGAAAGGCUUUGGACCAGCCACCACCAUCAACGUGACCACCAACAUCUCGGCUCCCACUUUACCGGACUACGAAGGAGUCGAUGCAUCCCUCAAUGAAACUGCUACUACAAUAACUGUGCUCUUGAGACCAGCCCAGGCCAAAGGUGCACCUAUCAGUGCCUACCAGAUCGUGGUUGAGGAGCUGCACCCCCACCGGACGAAGCGAGAAACGGGAGCCAUGGAGUGCUACCAGAUCCCUGUCACCUACCAGACGGCUCUUAGCGGGGGGUCACCCUAUUACUUUGCUGCUGAGCUGCCCCCAGGCAACCUGCCAGAGCCAGCCCCCUUUACUGUGGGUGACAACAGGACUUACCAGGGCUUCUGGAACCCACCGCUGGCUCCUCGGAAGGGCUACAACAUCUAUUUCCAGGCCAUGAGCAGCGUCGAGAAGGAAACCAAAACUCAGUGUGUUCGAAUAGCUACGAAAGCAGCAGCAACAGAAGAGCCUGAGGUGAUUCCUGAUCCAGCUAAACAAACAGAUCGAGUGGUGAAAAUAGCAGGAAUAAGUGCUGGGAUCCUGGUAUUCAUCCUGCUUCUGCUUGUUGUCAUACUGAUCGUCAAAAAAAGAUAUAUAACUUGGAGAAGAAACGUCUGCAUUAGAAACAUUAGGAGGAGCUACUAUUCUUACUCCUACUAUCUCAAACUUGCGAAGAAGCGCAAGGACGCCAUGGGGACCACCCGGCAGGAGAUGACCCACAUGGUGAACGCCAUGGACCGCAGCUACGCUGACCAGAGCACCUUGCACGCAGAGGAUCCCCUCUCCAUCACCUUCAUGGACUCUCAUAACUUCAGCCCCAGAUUGCCCAAUGAUCCGCUUGUGCCGACAGCUGUGUUAGUGCCUAUUACUGAUGAAAAUCACAGCGCCACGGCGGAGUCCAGCCGGCUCCUGGAUGUCCCUCGCUACCUCUGCGAAGGCACAGAAUCCCCCUACCAGACCGGGCAGCUGCACCCUGCCAUCAGGGUGGCUGAUCUCCUGCAGCAUAUUAACCUCAUGAAGACUUCUGACAGCUAUGGAUUUAAAGAGGAGUAUGAGAGUUUCUUUGAGGGGCAGUCAGCUUCUUGGGAUGUCGCUAAGAAGGAUCAAAACAGAACAAAGAACCGCUAUGGAAACAUUAUAGCAUAUGACCACUCCAGGGUGAUUUUGCAACCCGUUGAAGAUGAUCCAUCUUCAGAUUACAUUAAUGCCAACUACAUAGAUAUUUGGCUGUACAGGGAUGGCUACCAGAGACCAAGUCACUACAUUGCAACCCAAGGUCCGGUUCACGAGACCGUGUAUGACUUCUGGAGGAUGAUAUGGCAGGAGCAGUCAGCCUGUGUCGUGAUGGUCACCAACUUAGUGGAAGUGGGGAGAGUCAAGUGUUACAAGUACUGGCCUGAUGACACAGAGCUUUAUGGGGACUUCAAAGUGACCUGCAUAGAGAUGGAGCCCCUGGCCGAGUACGUCGUCAGGACCUUCACUUUGGGAAGGAGGGGCUACAAUGAAAUCCGUGAGGUGAAGCAGUUCCAUUUCACUGGCUGGCCAGACCAUGGAGUUCCUUACAACGCCACAGGGCUGCUCUCCUUCAUACGCAGAGUCAAACUCUCCAACCCCCCCAGUGCAGGGCCCAUCGUUGUGCACUGCAGCGCUGGUGCCGGGCGGACAGGCUGCUACAUCGUGAUCGAUAUCAUGUUGGACAUGGCCGAAAGAGAAGGGGUUGUGGACAUCUACAACUGUGUCAAAGCCUUACGGUCCCGGCGCAUCAACAUGGUACAGACAGAGGAGCAGUACAUCUUUAUUCAUGAUGCCAUUCUAGAAGCUUGCCUGUGUGGAGAAACUGCCAUUCCUGUCUGCGAAUUCAAAGCUGCUUACUUUGAUAUGAUUAGGAUAGACUCUCAGACAAACUCUUCCCAUCUCAAAGACGAGUUUCAGACCCUGAAUUCGGUGACCCCGCGCCUGCAAGCGGAGGACUGCAGCAUAGCCUGCUUGCCAAGGAACCACGACAAGAACCGCUUCAUGGAUAUGCUGCCACCUGACAGAUGUCUGCCUUUCUUAAUUACCAUUGAUGGGGAGAGCAGCAACUACAUCAAUGCUGCUCUUAUGGACAGCUACAGGCAGCCAGCGGCGUUCAUUGUCACGCAGCAUCCGCUGCCAAACACUGUGAAAGACUUCUGGAGACUGGUCUAUGACUACGGCUGCACUUCCCUCGUCAUGCUGAAUGAAGUCGACUUGGCACAGGGCUGCCCCCAGUACUGGCCUGAGGAAGGCAUCCUGCGGUACGGCCCCAUCCAGGUGGAGUGCAUGUCCUGCUCCAUGGACUGCGACGUCAUCAACCGCAUCUUCAGGAUAUGCAACCUCACCAGACCACAAGAGGGCUACCUGAUGGUGCAACAAUUCCAGUAUUUGGGAUGGGCUUCUCACAGAGAUGUGCCAGCUUCCAAGAGAUCCUUCUUGAAGUUGAUUCUCCAGGUUGAGAAGUGGCAAGAGGAGUGUGAAGAAGGGGAGGGGAGGACCAUCAUCCACUGCCUGAACGGUGGUGGCCGCAGUGGGAUGUUCUGUGCCAUUGGCAUCGUGGUGGAGAUGGUGAAGAGGCAGAACGUGGUGGACGUGUUCCAUGCCGUGAAGACUUUGCGGAACAGCAAACCCAACAUGGUAGAAACUCCGGAGCAGUACCGCUUCUGCUACGACGUCGCACUGGAGUACUUGGAAUCCUCUUAGCUGGAACAGCUGUGACCAACUUCACCAAACAGCUGAGUCUUGCACGUGCUGUUUUGACAACAGUCCUUGAUCCUGUGAAGAAAGAUUUUAGGGGAAGAGAGAAAAGGGGGGGGGCAGGGGUUGGGAGGGGUUUGAAAUUUUAAAUGCAAAGUAUUUUUCUUAUGAAGUUGUGUACCUUAAAUAAAAGAACUCAAUCCCUUUCUAUGCUUGUAUACCAGUAUCAGCAUUUAGUGCCACAGCAACACUUGACUGAUGCAUGAAGAGCAGAGCCAGAAGAGAUUUGGGCAAACCAGGACUUCUCCCUGCCUGCAGGCACAGCCCUCUCUGCAUCACUGCACAGCACCCAGCUGUUGCAUGGAUCGAUAUUUUUCCCCCAUCCAAUCUCAUUUUUUCUCUUCUCUAUUUUUUUUCUUUUCCUCUUUAUUUUUUUACAUUUGGGGUUGGUUUUUUUCCCCCUCCUCUCCAAGCUUUUCAUCCGUUGUUGGAAGUACAACAGCAGAGCAAAACUGCAAGUGAGGUUCAUUCUUUGUUUCCAGUGUUGCAUAUAUAUAUAUAUAUAUAUAUAUACUAUACAGUCAAAAGGAACCUGGCUUGUUUUGUUUCAAUGUGCAAUGAUGGCUGGAUCACAUCAAAGAUCUUUCUAAAGAAAACUUAACCCAGAAGCCAAAGACUCAAGUGUAAAUAUGUCUAUAUGGAGAAAGCACAUGUAUUUAUUGUUUACUUGCAUUCCUUUUUUGGAUGGCUGAAGAAAACUAAAGCAAAAAAAAAGAAGAAUCAUCUUUGGGUUUGUUUUUUUUCCUUGAACAAAAAAAAAUAGAAGUUGGUUUGGUUGUUUGGUUGUUUGGGUUGUUGUUUUUUUUUUUCUCUGGGCUGAAAUCAAGUGUAAGCAAUUUUUUGUAGUUCAUUUUCUUUUGUAUGUUUCAGUGUAAGUAGAAGACAAAACCUUUUUAUGCAUUGGUAGAAUGAGAGGGGUUUUUUUGGUUGUGUUUCAUGCUUGUGGUUCCAGUCCCAUGCAAAACAACUCCUGUUGUAGAGAAGGGUCUUGAGCUACAGACCCCAAACUGUUUCUUUUUCACAGUCACAUUAUUUACUGAUCAAAACCCAUGAAGCUAUGUGAGGAACCACUGCUUGUGAUUCCAGUCCCAUGUAAAACAACUCCUGUUGUAGAGAAGGGUCUUGAGCUACAGACCCCAAACUGUUUCUUUUUCACAGUCACAUUAUUUACUGAUCAAAACCCAUGAAGCUAUGUGAGGAACCACUGCUUGUGAUUCCAGUCCCAUGUAAAACAACUCCUGUUGUAGAGAAGGGUCUUGAGCUACAGACCCCAAACUGUUUCUUUUUCACAGUCACAUUAUUUACUGAUCAAAACCCAUGAAGCUAUGUGAGGAACCACUGCUUGUGAUUCCAGUCCCAUGUAAAACAACUCCUGUUGUAGAGAAGGGUCUUGAGCUACAGACCCCAAACUGUUUCUUUUUCAGUCACAUUCAUUAUGUACUGAUCAAAACCCACAAAGCUAUGUAAGGAACCACUGCUUGUGUUUCCAGUCCCAUGUAAACCAACUCCUGUUGUAGAGAAGGGUCUUGAGCUACAGACCCCAAACUGUUUCUUUUUCACAGUCACAUUCAUUAUGUACUGAUCAAAACCCAUGAAGCUAUGUGAGGAACCACUGCUUGUGUUUCCAGUCCCAUGCAAAACAACUCCUGUUGUAGAGAAGGGUCUUGAGCUACAGACCCCAAACUGUUUCUUUUUCACAGUCACAUUCAUUAUGUACUGAUCAAAACCCAUGAAGCUAUGUGAGGAACCACUGCUUGUGGUUCCAGUCCCAUGCAAAACAACUCCUGUUGUAGAGAAGGGUCUUGAGCUACAGACCCCAAACUGUUUCUUUUUCAGUCACAUUCAUUAUGUACUGAACAAAACCCACGAAGCUAUGUGAGGAACCACUGCUUGUGGUUCUAGUCCCAUGCAAAACAACUCCUGUUGUAGAGAAGGGUCUUGAGCUACAGACCCCAAACUGGUUCUUUUUCACACUCACAUUAUUUACUGAUCAAAACCCACGAAGCUAUGUGAGGAACCACUGCUUGUGAUUCCAGUCCCAUGUAAAACAACUCCUAUUGUAGAGAAGGGUCUUGAGCUGCAGACCCCAAACUGGUUCUUUUUCACAGUCACAUUAUUUACUGAUCAAAACCCAUGAAGCUAUGUGAGGAACCACUGCUUGUGUUUCCAGUCCCAUGUAAACCAACUCCUGUUGUAGAGAAGGGUCUUGAGCUGCAGACCCCAAACUGUUUCUUUUUCACAGUCACAUUAUUUACUGAUCAAAACCCAUGAAGCUAUGUGAGGAACCACUCCUUGUGGUUCCAGUCCCAUGUAACACAACUCCUGUUGUAGAGAAGGGUCUUGAGCUGCAGACCCCAAACUGUUUCUUUUUCAGUCACAUUCAUUAUGUACUGAUCAAAACCCAUGAAGCUAUGUGAGGAACCACUGCUUGUGGUUCUAGUCCCAUGUAAAACAACUCCUGUUGUAGAGAAGGGUCUUGAGCUGCAGACCCCAAACUGGUUCUUUUUCACAGUCACAUUAUGUACUGAUCAAAACCCACGAAGCUAUGUGAGGAACCACUGCUUGUGAUUCCAGUCCCAUGUAAACCAACUCCUGUUGUAGAGAAGGGUCUUGAGCUGCAGACCCCAAACUGUUUCUUUUUCACAGUCACAUUAUUUACUGAUCAAAACCCAUGAAGCUAUGUGAGGAACCACUGCUUGUGUUUCCAGUCCCAUGUAAACCAACUCCUGUUGUAGAGAAGGGUCUUGAGCUGCAGACCCCAAACUGUUUCUUUUUCACAGUCACAUUCAUUAUGUACUGAUGAAAAAAAGCUAUGUAAGAAAGGACACACAUCAAAAAUGGCCUUGGCUGUGGCUUGCACAAUACCCUAAGGGCAUUUUUAAGCACCAUUAAAGGCAUGAGGGAAGCCAGAUGCCUUCAACCAAGCACAGGAGAACUGCCUGGCCAAGAGGUGGCUCUGCACAUAUGCCCUUCAGGGUACAUUAAAACAAAACACCACACACACACAAAAAAAAGGCUUUGUGGAGCAAACUGUAAAGUUUAAGCAAUGUUUCUUUUGAUGUUUACAGACCUGUAAGCUUUGCUUCUGAGAAAGCAGGAUUUGAAUAAACCAAUGGCAGAGUCUGAGUAGAGUUUGUAGUGUACAGAAUAAUCACUGUGCUUUGGCUUUAACUUGUGUCCAUUUCUUCAUCAGGUUCCCAAGCCUUGACCAGCUGCAAUGGUUCCAGUCUCUUGUUGGUCUUCUUUUCUUCUUUUUCUUUCUUUUCUUUUUGGGUUUGUUUGGUUUUUUUUUUUUUUUUAGAGCUGACAGUAAAAUGAUAAGGUGCUUAUAAAUAAUCUGUAAAGUAAGAGUGAAUUAAACUUUUAUUUAAAGAUGA